AUGGCGCAGAAAGAGGCAACCGUCUACAUCGUGGACCUCGGCGAGUCUAUGGGCGAAAAGCGCAAUGGACGAGAAAUCAGCGAUCUAGACUGGGCUUUAACAUACGUUUGGGACAAGAUCACCACAACAAUAUCCAAUGAACGCAAAACAGCAAUGUUGGCAGUUGUCGGUCUGCGAACUGAUGGAACUCUGAACGCAUUGGACAACCCCGAUGAAGAUGCAUAUCAACACAUCACCGUCUUCAAGGAGCUUGGACAAGCAUUGAUGCCAGAUGUGCGCCGACUAAAACAGCAACUUGUGCCCAGCAAUACUGAUGUGGGCGAUGCUAUCUCUGCGCUUGUCGUAGCCAUUCACAUGAUCGAGACUGUCACCAAGAAGCUGGCAUACACGCGAAAGAUCAUCCUGGUCACCAACGGCAACGGUAGUGUAGAUGCCGAUGGUCUCGAUGCAAUCACUCAAAAGUGCAAGGAGGACGGGAUUGAGUUGGUCAUUCUUGGAGUCGACUUCGAUGAUGCAGAAUACGGCAUCAAGGAAGAGAACAAGGACGCCACAAAAGCCCAAAACGAGAAGGUCUUCAAGACUCUGGUCGAGGAUUGUAAUGGCUUGUACGGCACACUUGGGUUCGCCAUUGACGAGAUGGUAAUCCCACGAAUGAAGACAGUACGACCUGUGCACUCAUUCAGGGGUUACCUUACCCUGGGCGACCCCGAAACCUAUGAUACAGCUAUGGCAAUCGAUGUUGAGCGAUACCCACGAGUCAUGGUUGCGAAAGCCCCAUCGGCAAGCCAAUUCGUUGUCAAAACAAAUAUGGCGCCAGGAGAGACACAAUCGCAAUUUCCGCCACUUGAUGAAGAAUCCAAACCAAAUGAUCUGGCUGCCGUCAAGAAUGCUCGCACUUACCAAGUUCCUGAUGAAGAGGCACCAGGUGGUAAACGUGAGGUCGAGCUAGAAGACUUGGCAAGAGGCUUUAGCUAUGGAAGCACAGUGGUGCCAAUCGAGGAGGCUGACAAGAACGUGACCGACUUUGAGAGUAAACAGGGCAUGGACAUUAUUGGCUUUGUCGCCAAAGAUCAGUACGAGAGAUAUCUGGACAUGUCAAAGACUCAUGUCAUCAUUGCUCAGAGAACGAACGAGAAGGCUAUCAUGGCCUUGUCAUCAUUCAUCCGUGCUCUUUACGAGCUUGACACAUAUGCUGUGGCGCGACUAGUCCCCAAGGAUGGCAAAAGUCCUACCAUGGUCCUUUUGGCGCCAUCCGUCGAUGCUGAUGCUGAGUGUCUGUUCGAGGUCGAACUGCCCUUCGCCGAGGACUUGCGUUCUUACAGGUUUCCUGCCUUGGACAAAAUCGUCACCGUCUCUGGCAAAGAACUCAAGCAACACAGAUUCCUUCCCAAUGAUGACUUGAAGGACGCCAUGAGCGACUAUGUGGACGCCAUGGACCUUUCUACUUUUGGCGCAGAUGAAGACGGUAAUCCGGCCGAAUACGCGCCUAUCGAAGAUACUUUCUCACCAGCUCUACACCGCAUCAGCCAAGCGAUCAGAAGCCGAGCGGUCAAUCCAGAUGAGAAGCUGCCUCCAAUGCCGGAGAUUUUGAUAAAGUACUCCAACCCACCAAAAGAGUUGAUUGACAGCGCAAAGACUUCUUUGAAGGCAGUUGCAGCCGCUGCAGAUGUGAAGAAAGUACCUCCGAAAUCGAAAUCGAAGAAAGGACGUCGCGAUGUCCCCAAACCCCUUUCCGGACUCGACGUUACCGCUUUGCUGUCGGCCCAAGGCGGCACCCUCAAAAUCUCAUCCCAGAACGCCGUUCCAGAGUUCAGACAGAUACUAGACAGAGGCGACCACAAAGAAGUAGAGUCAGCCUUUCAACAACUAGGCAAGAUCAUCCGCGACUACAUUAGAAACUCCGUCGGCGAGUCUGGCUACGCUCGCGCACUCGAGGCCACCAGAGUGAUGCGUGAAGAAGCCACUGAUCUUGAGGUUCCGGAGUUGUACAAUGAGUGGAUGAAGAAACUCAAGACUGAAAUCUUGAAGGAGGAGCUUAAUGGCGACAGAAGAGACAUGUGGUUCAUGAUUAGAGCUAACCGUAUGGGAUUGAUACAAAGCAAGGAGAGUGGAGCCAGUGGAGUUGGAGAGGAUGAGGCAAAGGAGUUCUUGUCUGUGAGACUUGGUGUGUAG